CAUCCGGGGGUAGCCGCCUCCUCUGUAGCCCGCCCGCGCCUCCAAACCCGGACCUGCCUCCGCCUCUUCCUCCAGCGGCUCCAUCCUCCUCCCGCGCUCCGUCCUCCCGCCGCCCCCGCCGCCGCGCCCCCGGCGGCUGCCUCGGCGGACCGGGGAGGGGGCGCCGCGUCGGCCGCCAGCUCGGCUCGGCCCGGCCCGGCGCGGGAGGCGUGCAUGCCCCUGCUGCCCGCGGCGCUCACCAGCAGCAUGCUCUAUUUCCAGAUGGUGAUCAUGGCAGGGACGGUGAUGCUGGCGUACUACUUCGAGUACACGGACACGUUCACUGUGAACGUGCAGGGCUUCUUCUGCCACGACAGCGCCUACCGCAAGCCCUACCCGGGCCCGGAGGACAGCAGCGCCGUGCCCCCCGUGCUCCUCUACUCUCUGGCCGCCGGCGUGCCCGUGCUCGUGAUAAUAGUUGGAGAAACUGCUGUGUUUUGCCUACAACUAGCCACAAGGGAUUUUGAAAACCAGGAAAAAACUAUUUUAACUGGAGACUGUUGCUAUAUAAACCCACUGGUGCGGCGAACUGUCCGAUUUCUUGGAAUUUAUACAUUUGGACUAUUUGCUACAGAUAUCUUUGUAAAUGCUGGGCAAGUUGUUACAGGAAAUUUGGCUCCACAUUUCCUUGCCCUGUGUAAGCCCAACUAUACAGCACUUGGAUGCCAGCAGUACACACAGUUCAUCAGCGGGGAAGAGGCCUGCACUGGCAACCCGGAUCUUAUCAUGAGAGCAAGGAAAACAUUUCCAUCCAAAGAAGCAGCUCUCAGUGUCUAUGCAGCUAUGUAUCUGACAAUGUAUAUUACCAACACAAUCAAAGCCAAAGGAACCAGACUUGCUAAGCCAGUUCUGUGCUUGGGCUUAAUGUGUUUGGCUUUUCUUACUGGACUCAACAGAGUAGCAGAAUAUCGAAAUCAUUGGUCAGAUGUGAUAGCAGGCUUUCUGGUUGGAAUAUCUAUAGCAGUAUUUCUGGUUGUAUGCGUGGUCAAUAAUUUCAAAGGAAGACAACCAGAAAAUGAGCAUAUGCACAUGGAUAAUCUGGCACAGAUGCCAAUGAUCAGCAUCCCCCGAGUAGAAAGCCCUUUGGAAAAGGUAACAUCUGUAAAGAACCACAUCACCGCCUUCGCGGAAGUCACAUGAUAUUGAAGCAGAUGGUUUUUCGCUGCAUUGGACAUCAUCUCUUUUUACCAUUCAUUCAUAACACCCAAAGUUUGUUCGAUUAUGAAAGUUUAUAAAGUUGUCUAAUAAUUUUUAUAAUUUUAAAAUCAACGUCAACCUAUCUGUUUCCCCCACUAGACUGUGAGCUCCUCGAGGGCAGGACUGUGUCGUUUUUUCCAUAUCCCCAGCACCUACCACAAAGCCUAGCACAGAGUAGGUGUUCAAUAAAUAUGUGAUGAUCGAAUGAACAAAUUAAUUCUGAAAUAAAACAUUCAUUUUAGUUUCUCACAGAAUCACUGUACCUAUGUUAAAAGAAACCACUACAUGAAUCAUAUUUGUAUAUGAAAACCCUCUAUUUUGGGCUAGUUUUUUAAUUUUUCAUAUAUCUAUUCAACAAUAUGCCAUGUUUAAUUUCAAGUGGACUUUGAAAGUCACGGGGGUUUUUAUUUUAUUAUUCAGCAUGACAUUAUUUCCAUUCUAACAGAUUUCAGUGUGUGAAAUUACUUUACUUUUAGAAACUACUAAAAUACUGUUUGCACAUUAUAUUAUGCUAUAUUUCACUUAAAUAUCAUUCAUACUAUACAUUCUAAGACUGGUGCUUCUGCUUUUGAAGGGGAAAAUGCCAAUUUUUACUGUAAUAAGUAAUGUAUCAUAAUUAAAAAUUAUUUAUUUGGACUUCUUCUCCUGACAAUUGUGGUUUAAUUGAUGACUUGUAGAUUCGAAUGCAGGCAGUAUUUUAUUUAGGAUAGUUCAAAUGAGUAAAUCUAACACUGGGACCUUAGUAUUGAGUAAUUUUCCAUUGGUGACUGUGUCUCAAAAGUGGUCAAAGGCUCCAUUCUGAGGCUUUUUUACUAGUCAAUAGUCUGCCUAAUUUAAAUGGGAAAGAACCACACCCUGACCCAUAAUUUGAAUUAUAUAAAUGCUAAAAAUAUAGUUAAUGUAUUUUAGUUUGCAUUUGUGUAGUACUUUAUAGUUUCCAAAGCAUUUCAUUUAAUCCUCAUAAUAGCCCACUGUAAACGUUAAGAGGAUGGUUUUAUUUUUGUAGAUGAGAAAAUGAAGCCAAGACAGGGUAAAUAACAUGCCUGAUCCCUAACUAGUAAGAGGCAUGGUUGAAACUUAAAUUCAGGUUGUCCAAACCCAAACCCGUUUCCCUUUCAAAUAAGCCACAGCUGCCGUGUUGUUUGGGACAUGGAGGCCUUCCAGAGGCCAGUAGAGUCCUGGGCAACUGCCUAUGGUUUAGAAAAUGAAGAAAUGCCAAAAUAGAGUUAUGAAAGCUGUGCUGUAUUUUAAAUGUUUAUGUUUAACGAAUGAACACUUUUUAAAUAAGCAGAUAUAUAGUAACCUGUUUAUAAACCUUUUUAAAAAUAAUGAAUGUCAAGAGUCUAGAUGUGAAGCCCUUUGUAAGAGCAAAGCCUGAAGUCAGCCUCUCUCUGUCUUCGCCCCAGACCCCAGUCCCAACUCAGCAGGGGCCGAGGGGCUCACCUUACACUGAGCUUGUGGAAUCAAGGAUGGAAAUUACCGUAAUUCAAGGAAGAUAGGCUCCUCAACAAUCACUUUGCAGUCUUUAAAGCUACCCCAGUGACUUUGGCUUAUAUAAACAGUAGUUAAGUAACUAAAAUGAAUCUUCCUAACCUUGACAGUACUAAAGAAAGUAAACUUUUAGUUUUCUCUGUAAUUUCAACAGAAAUCAGCAAAUAAAUAUAACCAAAGAUUGUCCAUUACUCUCAAAAUAGAUGUUAUUUAUAUUAAUACUUGCCCAUUUCCAUCACCGUGGGAAUUAAAACAUUUCUACUAGGACUUAAAAAAAAUCCAUAUUUCUACUAUUUCAGACCGCUAUAGCAAUUCAAUUCUUUUGGGAAUUUAGAACAUGAAAAAGCUUUUAAUGCCUUCACCCUCUUUAAAUGCUUUUCAGGCAAUAACAGCAAUGUGGAAUUCACUUACUUGGAAUGGAAGUAAAGGGAUGAUCAUGAUGUCCUAGAAGGUGGGAUUACCAGUAAGGCUUCCCGUGUUUGAUUAGUUCUGUUGGCUCUACAUCAGUUUUCCAAGGAGCCGAGCAAGAUCGUUUUUCCUAUUGGAAGCCUUAGCUAUACAUUCGUAUAUCAAUGUUGUAUCAUUGCACCUUGCUAACCCUGGUCUGAAUGCACGAGUUAUAAAUUCCUCAAAAGCCUAAAUUUAACCCAGGAUCAGAGUAAGGUCAUCUCUAAUAUUUAAACAUCAUAGAUAGGCCCAGGACUGUGCAAUGAAUAAGCCUGUCAUGAAGGAAAUUCAUUAAAAAAAAGAUACAUAUGAAUAAGGUAAAAGCCAGCAAAGUCAUGAUACUGUUACUGAGAAUAAUGAAAAACACACUUAAGAAAAUAUUAAUAUGUAAAUAUGUACAUAUAUAGUCUAGUAAAAGCAGACAAACACAUAUCUUUCUGAUAAAGACAUCUCCUUUUUAUUCUACUUAACCUGGGGCCCAGGUCAGCAUAAAUUGGUCAACCUGAAAAUUUCAGUAGUCUCUGUUUGCAUGGCAGAAAUUCUGCACAUGUUUUGUCUGAGUCUUAUGAAAACUUAAAAGGCUCUUUUAUGUUAAAAGAGAGGUGAAGCUUCUUUGACAGACUUUGUCUAUUCCACUUCUAACUGGGCCUCUCUUUUCUCAGGAUCUAUCCUAGCCAAAUCUCUCAGUUACAUUUACCAUACCGUUUCCUUCAUGAAAGAGCAGUAGGGGAGGAAAUAAUUCUCUGCUGUGUAUUGUAUUUUUCAAAUAAAAUUUUAAAAAAUUAAAUUUAAAA